GGUGCCAGCAAAGGAUGUAAGGAGGUGUUUGCAAAGGGAAGUGAGAUGUAACCUAGAAAAGAAAAGAAAGGAAGUAAGAAGUCAUUCCAAAAAGCCUAAGCACCCGGGUCCUGUUUCCCUGCUUCCCCUUCUCUUCCCUGGUAGCUUAAAGCAAUUACCUGCAGCUGCUUGGGUCGCCUCCCCUUUCUAUCCCCAGUAAGUAUGAAGCUGACAAGGCACUUCUUUGUGCGGCUUCCUGCCCAUUGCCAGUUCACACCCCUCGGCUUCCCCCCUCCCCCUAAAAAAAUGAUCAGAGAACCUCAGGCCGCAAGGGAGGGCCACGCCCUCAGGAGAAAGGGGGAGGGGAGAAGGAUGGAGCAGCUAAGGCAAACUUCGGCUAAGCGCUAUUGCUGGACCUCUAGCUUCUGGAGAGAUGGGGAAACCCCAUGCCGAAGCCAAUUAUAGCCGAUCUGCCUUGCUUCUUCGCUGGUUAUUCUGCCUCCUCACCCCCAACCUCCUGCGUUGUCCAAGGGACUCCACUAGGGUCAAACUGCGACGGCCCCAAGCGACUCCUAGCAGCCAGCUUGGGAAGCCAGCAGCUGUGGAACAGGUGCCAGAGGCCAGAGCAAACACAGCAGAGGCAGGGAGGGUGGUAGGAGGAGGGGAGGUGGGCUAGGCGGGGAGCAGCUCCAAGGCCUUGGAGAUAAGGCCACCAGAAUGGAUAUAGCAAGGUAGAAGGGGCGGGGAUGCAGCGAAGUGCUAGGGGUCCAGACGGGUAGAAAGCUAGAGAGCGAGGGUUGUGAGAGUUCUGAUCUUCAAGUAACCGGGGUUCGUAGGCCUCGGGCUCCAGGAGUGCGGCCAUGGAUCCCCCGGGAGGAACGGACCUUCCGUUGCCCCCAGGACCCCUCACUCACCUGGGCAGGCUAGAGAGUGCCGAAGAUCAGAGGCAAGAAGAAACAGACUUUCCGAGUCCCUUGUCCUGCUGGAACAGGUCACCCCCAGAGUCAUCAGUCCUCCUUCGAGACCGGGUGAGAAGAUAUCUGCAGAUGCAAUCUGAACAGACAGUGAGAAUUCUACAUGCCAAAGUGGCCCAGAAGUCUUAUGGGAGUGAGAAGAGGUUUUUCUGUCCUCCGCCCUGUGUUUAUCUCUCUGGCCCAGGAUGGAGAUUGAAGCCAGAACAGGGGCAAGCGAAUGAAGCAGGCGACACAGCUGGAUGCACUGUUUGUGGUUACAUGGGGUUGGAUGGUGGUUCCACGGAGACGCAAAAGCUGAGUUUUGAGGAACAGCUGGACUCUAGAGAAUUCGCCUGUGCCAAAGCUCUAUAUAUCUCGGACUCGGACAAGAGAAAGCACUUCCGAUUGGUAUUAAGGCUGGUGUUUCGAGGAGGUCAAGAACUAGGUACCUUCCAUAGUCGCCUCAUCAAAGUCAUCUCCAAGCCAUCUCAGAAGAAGCAGUCCCUGAAGAAUACAGACUUAUGCAUCUCCUCCGGAUCCAAAGUGUCCCUCUUCAACCGUCUUCGAUCACAGACUGUCUCUACCCGAUACCUAUCUGUGGAAGGUGGUGCAUUCAUAGCCAGUGCGAGACAAUGGGCAGCCUUCACCCUGCAUCUGGCUGAUGAGCAUCGUUCCCGGGGAGAAUUCCCUCUCCAAGAAGGCUAUGUCCACUAUGGUUCUCUAGUACAGCUGGUCUGCACAGUCACAGGCAUCACACUGCCCCCCAUGAUCAUCCGCAAAGUGGCCAAACAGUGUGCACUCCUAGAUGUGGAUGAACCAAUCUCCCAACUACACAAAUGUGCUUUCCAGUUCCCAGGUGGGGCACCAGGGGGUGGCACCUACUUGUGCCUUGCCAUGGAAAAAAUUGUGCAAUUCCAGGCUUCACCUUGUCCCAAGGAAGCAAACCGGGAACUACUAAAUGACAGCUCAUGUUGGACCAUCAUUGGCACUGAGUCAGUGGAGUUCUCCUUCAGCACCAGCCUUGCCUGCUCCCCAGAGCCUGUCUCUCCGGUGCCUCUCAUUAGUACCUUAGAGCUUAGUGGUGGAGGUGAUGUAGCAACCCUGGAGCUUCUGGGUGAGAAUUUCCAUGCAGGACUCAAGGUGUGGUUUGGUGACGUGGAGGCUGAGACCAUGUACAGGAGUCCCCGGUCUCUGGUGUGUGUGGUACCUGAUGUGGCAGCUUUUGGUAGUGCCUGGAGGUGGCUGCGCACCCCUAUAACAGUGCCAGUGAGCCUGGUCCGUGCUGAUGGGCUUUUAUACUCCAGCGCCUUCUCCUUCACAUACACCCCAGAGCAGAGUGGCCAACCAGCGCCCUCAGGAGCUCCUGAGCCACCUCCUGAUGCAGAUGCCCUCUUGGAAAGCAUCCACCAUGAGUUUACACGAACCAAUUUCCACCUCUUCAUUCAGAGCUAG